GAAGAGCUACUUUUGACCCAUUUUACACAUUUAUCAGCGAUUACUUGUGCUAAACUGAUUAAAACUAAUUACUCUGAGGAGAUCUUGUUUUUCACUCUUGGUGGAGUUUGUUGACUGAGUGGUUGGUGCAUACUGAGGAUAUGUCAUCACUCUCUACCGAGAUUCAUGAAGAACCUGGCCAAAUCACGCCUCCAUUGCUGGAUAACGUUGGCAAACUCCUCUAUGUUCCACAGGCCUAAAAGGCGGAAGUUGUAAUUUAACUCUCUCUGGUACUGGGGUUUGGAUUUGCCACUGGAAAAAGCUAACCGGCUCGUACAAGUAGGAGGAGGGGUUGAAAGAUUUGGGAGUUUUUCUUGGAUUGCUGACGCGUAUACAAGCGGCUACGUGCUGCGUUGAAGCCUCACCAGCCUCCACCAUGUUCCUCCACUUUCUAGUUUUGGGGGCCUCGCUUCUCCAGGCAGAAUGCUACUUUUCGGAGGAGAAGUAUCCAGAGGAGUCGAAAAUGCAGCCUCCCACCGUGGUUAUCGCUAUCAUAGCCAGAAACACCGCUCACUCCCUGCCGUUCUACCUCGGAGCUCUGGAGAGACUCAGCUACCCCAAAGACCGCAUCUCUGUGUGGGCUGCCACGGAUCACAACACAGACAACACCACCGCCGUGCUGAAAGAGUGGCUUACUGUCAUGCAGAAGUUUUACCACUAUGUUGAGUGGAGACCGAUGGACCAUCCCACGUCCUAUGCAGGAGAGCUGGGUCCUAAGCAUUGGCCCAACAGCAGAUACGAGUAUGUGAUGAAGCUGAAGCAGGCGGCAUUAAACUUCGCAAGGAAACGCUGGGCUGACUACAUCCUGUUUGCUGACACAGACAAUAUCCUCACCAACCCAGACACCCUCAACCUGCUGAUAGCAGAGAACAAGUCAGUCACUGCUCCCAUGUUAGACUCUCCGGGUGCGUACUCCAACUACUGGUGUGGUAUAACUCCGCAGGGAUAUUAUCGUCGAACAGCAGAGUAUUUCCCCACCCGCCACCGUCAAAGACAGGGCUGCUUCCCUGUGCCCAUGGUCCACUCCACCAUGCUGCUGGAUUUAAGGAAGGAGGGCAUGAAGAAACUGGCCUUCUACCCUCCUCAUCAGGAGUACUCCUGGCCCUACGAUGACAUCAUUGUGUUCGCCUUCUCCUGCCGGGCUGCAGAGAUACAGAUGUACCUGUGUAACAAGGAACGUUACGGCUACCUGAACAUCCCGGCCAAACCUCACCACACCUUGGAAGAUGAUCGUCUCAACUUUGUCCAUGUCCAUCUGGAGUCCUUCAUUGAUGGUCCUCGCAUGUACCCCUCUCGUUACGUCCACUUGUUCCCCAAACAGAGAGACCUCAUGGGCUUUGACGAGAUUUACCUGAUCAAUCUGCGACGCCGUCUUGACCGUAGAGACAGGAUGUUGUACUCUCUGAAUGAGCUGGAGAUCGACGUCAAGGUGGUAGACGCUGUGGAUGGAAAUGCACUGAACAGCAGUGACAUCAAGAUCCUGGGUGUGGACCUGCUACCAGGCUACUAUGACCCGUUCUCUGGACGCACACUGACCAAAGGAGAGGUGGGCUGCUUCCUCAGCCAUUUCUUCAUCUGGAAGGAGAUGGUGGAUAUGCAGAUGGAUAAAGCACUAGUCUUUGAGGACGACGUCCGUUUCCAGGCCAACUUUAAACGACGAGUCCUCAGACUGAUGGAGGAGGUGGAGCAGGUGGAGUUGGACUGGGACAUCAUAUACUUUGGCAGGAAGCAGGUGAACCCUAGUAAAGAGGAGGCAGUGGAGAACGUUCGUAACUUGGUGGUGGCCGACUACUCUUAUUGGACUCUGUCCUACGCCAUCUCCUUGCAGGGAGCUCAAAAACUGCUCAAUGCUGAGCCACUUUCCAAGAUGCUGCCUGUCGAUGAAUUCUUACCCAUCAUGUAUGACAAACAUCCCAAUGAGGACUACAAGUCCCAUUUCCCUAACAGAAACCUACAAGCCUUCAGUACUCGCCCCCUCCUGGUCCAGCCGUGUCACUACGCCGGUGAUCCCCAGUGGGUGAGCGACACGGAAACGUCGACUCUGUGGGACGAUGACUCAGUACGCACCGAUUGGAGGGGUUCCCACAAGACCUUGAAAGGGGCUGCCCCGCCACCCGAGAUCCUCUCAGCUUCCUACAAGGAUGAACUUUAGUGCGACGCAGACGUGGCUGUGAAGAACCUGCAGGUCAAAAGGCCACGAGGUCAGAGAGACAGAUGCUGAGAGGAAAAAGUGUUCUCAGACAUUAUUUCAGUCCGCUCUGUGUCACGCCACUGACAUACUCAGUGCCAUUUAAACUGGACUUUUCUCCAAAGAAUGUUAGCAAGCGUAUGGCGCAGGAUGAUAGUGGUGCUAAGAUUCUGGGGGCUCUUAGCAAUUCGGAUGCUGGAACUUGCACAACAGAUUUUUCUCAAGAACAAUCCACCUUUUUAGAUCCUUUUUUUUUUUUUUUUACUUUUUAACAUUCUGAGACUUUAUACAGUGCGGAAGAACGUUUCUGGUUGAAUGUGUAUUUGUGAUGGUGCGUGUGUUUCCUAUGAUUGCAUGUUUAUAAUGCUAAUUACAGUCUAUAAAUCUAUACAUUUCUCCUUUCAUGCAUGUCUUCCUACACAAAGUGAUGUAAUUGUACAAAAAAGUGAACUCAUUAAUAUUUCCCUUUGUUUAAUGAACAAGAUGAUGUACCUCAUGGUUUCUAUGGACAGUAUAAGACUGUUUCAGUGGCACAAAUUAUGUUCAGGAAGUAUUUUAUUAAUGAAACUAACACAUUGAAUGUUUGCAUUUGAACAAUUUAAGCUUCUUUAAAAUUAUUUUUUACGUCAAGUCAGUAAUUGAUAAACUGAAAUAACAUGGACUCAUUGAACUCUUAUAUCUUAUGGCUGCGUCUUAAUAUUUUUACAUUCACAUUUAGCAACAAAAAUUGGAUUUUUCAGAGGAAAUAUAAUACUAGGUCUCCCACCAAGUCUUGUUUUACUCACAGGUUUUUUAUUUUUAUGUUUAUAUAGACCACAAAAUGGUGUUGUUUAGUUAUUGAAAUAAAAUUAUUCAUACCUUUACGAGAGAAGAGUAUACUGGCAGUAUAUCUGACAUUACUCCAUUGGAAAAAAAUUUCAGUAUUCUGGAAAUUUAUGUUGAAAUAGUUCAACACUCAUUGGAAACAAAAUGCCUGUAUAUGGUUUUAGGCUGUCUAAAUGUGCAUAUUUUUGACACUGCACAAUGAUUUGACAAGUCAGUGGAAACAUUUUUGUGUGGUGACUACUUUAGACAUGCUCAACUGAAAUAAGUAAACUAUUUUGUGAGUGCUCUACUAUUUGUAUAAAAUAAGCAGAUGUCAAGGUAUGAAUGGGCAGUGUAAGAGGGUGGCAUCGGUUCAUCUGUUCUUAAGUGUUGCCUCACAGAGUCAGAUACUUUCCAUCCCGUGUUAGGAUGGAACCCAAACCCAAAUAGUAUAAACUGUUCCACACAUGUUGUAGUAGAAGUCUUUUCAAGUCAUGUUAAAACACAGCUUUUAAAACAACCUUUUGUAAUAUCACUGGGAUCCUUUUCAAUCUAGGAAUGACAAGUUGCCUGGACAGGGUUGCAAUGCAAGUAACUGAUUAAUUCCGAUGUCUCUUGUGGAUUUAAAACACAACAAUCAAGUUACACUAUACUUAUAUUUCAUUUAGUCUGGUUUCAUGCAUUCGUUUUCUAUCUGUUACUAUUAGUGUUGCUUUUCCUGCAUAUGUCUUAAUUUAUUUGUUGCGUCUUAAUUGGUUGUGGUUGACGGAUGAGUCACACAAUAUGAUGUACAGCAUGCAAUCAAAAUGCAAUGGCUUUUCUGCCUCUCUCGGAGUCUUUGAGCGAUUCAUUUUUACUCAAAUGUCAUGAAAUUGGGUGUUAGGAUAACUGUAAAGCAAACUUUUAAAAUGUUAAUAAAAAAUAGUUUUUAAACCUCA